AUGCAGAAGAAAAGGGUCCGCGUAAACAAUAUACUGGACAAAUUGCAUCGAGGCGUAGUCUAUAGUUGCAUUGGUGUCACACUUUAUGGAACAUUCCUGUUAGGAUUGCGGGUACAUCGAUACCUGACUGUUGUUCGCCCACAGCGGCAGGCGGAUGAGCUACAGAAGAUUGAUGAUGGCCAACUCGAUAAAGCGAAAACCAUUAUUUCAUAGGUUCUGUUUGAUUUUGUUUGAAUAAGUGUGCAAAAUGCUAAUAAUAACGUUGUUUAAGAUAUGUAUAA